AGUUUUUGGCUUGGGCUUUUUUCAACCGACUGGAGGCUCCCGCCCGCCCCGCGGCCCGCGCCGAGCUUUGCCGCCAUGGCGCCCCAGCGGCCCAUCCUGACGUGCCUGCUGGCGGCCGCGGUCGUGGCCCUGUGCCGCAGGGGCGCCGGCUUCGUGGGCUCGCCCGCGCCCAGCUGCCAGCGCGGCGAGCGCGUGGCCGCGCGCGUGAGCGCGGAGUACCUGGAGCGCUGCGGCCCGAAGGACGCGGAUGUGGCGUUCGACGCCUCGGCCGCCACUGGCCCGGGCCCCACCGUCACCUACAAGAAGCGCCCCUUCGGCAUCCUGCGCUACCAGCCGGGCAACGGCAUGAAGGGCGCGAUGGCCAUGGAGGUGAUCCCGGUGUCCCGGUACCCUGGGGACCCCCAGGGCCAGGCGUUCUCCGCCGGCGUGUCGGGCGGCAUGGUGGUGAAGUCCAUCGCUGGCGCGGAGGUGUUGACGGAGGACUUCGGCAAGAUCAUGGACCUGCUCGACGACGAGGUGGCCGACCCGCGCUUCUCGAAGUCCACCGCGCUCGCCCUGGAGAAGCUGGGGAGGAAGGCGGACGCCGUGGAGCCGCCCAUCGAGGUGGUCUACGCGACCGUGCCGGGCUACGUCUACGCAGGCGCCGAGAUGAAGGCGGACGGCCAGGACGGCUUCGCCCGCUGAGCCCUCGCGGGCCGCAGGACGAUUGCGUGCCUCCGCCGCUCAUGGUUUAGGCGACCCCUUGCGAGUUCGCUCGGCUGCAGAUUCGUUCAAGUUCUGACCCCCGGUCGGGUUUUCGAAUAUCUGACUUGCAGGGGUAGGGCUCGCUAGCGGUUCGCUACGAUUAUCGCCACCAAUCUUUUCGGCGCCCCAGCGCCUCACUUUCAAAAGUCCUUGUGGCAAAGCCCGCCACCGUGCCACCGUGCCAACGCAGCAGCGCAGCAGCUCAGCAGUGAGGAGGAGGAGCGGAUUGGGGGAGUCCCGCCCGACUUGUCGAAUGUGGACUACACAGUUGUCCAUGCGCGCGCGCACCCGCGUGUAGAG